AUGGACAUAACGUCUGUCGUCCCUGUUGUUGAUGUCGGUUCGGUCGUGUCGGUCGUGCCUUCGCCUGUUGCUGUUGAUGUUGCUCUUGUUACACGGUCGGACAUUCCGUCCGCGUCGACAGAGACGAGUGCCGAACCCGCUCCGGUUGUUGCUUCUGAUAUCGUGGCGAACCCGGUGCCCUCCGACGUUGUCGUGAUGGACAUUGUUCCACCUGAUGUCUCUCAUAAUGUGGCACAUAUACACUCCGACCCGUCCGAAUCCAUCCCUGUUGAACGCGUCUUUAUGUCGUCCCCAAAAGUGUCUGACACAUCGGUCUCAGAACCUGUCCAUCAGCGUACUGCCCCCGUUGUGCUUCCUCCGGAAUCGGUUCCUGCUCCUGUAGCUGCUUGCGCUCCACCAAAGGCUCCUGCACCGCAAAAACCUAGGUCGCGGCGCGACACUGCUUCCCGGCGUCGCGGCUCUGUUGAUCGGGCACGUAGUGUAAGCACUUCUGUGUUUUUAUCGCAACGGUCCUCUUCUGGCAGGGAGCGUAGCCCGUCUCCGGAACGUAAACCCUCUCCGCGUUCGACGCCUUCAAAGUUACAGCCGAAGGCGUCUCAAAAACCCGCGCAGCGUGUCGUUCCUGACGCUCGGCCGGCUGCCCCUUCUGGGCGCCGUCAGCAGCAUUCGGUGGCCGGUAGUCAGCACGCGCGUGCGGACGAACGCCGGCAGGAAAUGGUCCGCCAUUUGCAGGGUGUGUUACAUUCUGGGGCACCGGGCGGUGCAAUGGAUACCGAUGUCGAUCCUGCGCCUAUUCCGGUCCAUUCCUCGCAAAAGCGAAAAGCCGAGGAGCCUCCUGAGCCCCGCGCGCGCCCGUCUUCACAAGAUCUCGCGUCGGUCCCUCCCACGCACGACGUACCUAUGUCGGUGGGAAGUUCCGGUGCGCCCACGCUCACGGAUGUUGCGGGUGCGUCUUCGCACGCGCAACCGUAUGACUGGGGAGAGGAUGUGGAGGAGGCUGACGGUACUUUCACUACCGUCUAG